CGCGGCUGAUCCGCGUGGAGCCUCUAGUUUCCUCCUCUGACGCGCUUCUGCUGCUGACUGAAAGAUUGCGGGCGCCAUCUUGGAUCAGGGGAGGUUUUAAACGGGAAAAAGUCAAAGAGGCAGGAACGAAGAAAAAACAACAACAACAACAACCAUAAACCGUCGGCAAACCCGUUCGUUCGGACCGGCGGCGAAAAUGACACUCGAUCUGAAGUCAUGACACCUGCUUUAAAGUACUUUUAGAGACUCGGACGAAGUAAAACAGCAGCAGCCGCCGGAGCGGGAGGUGUUCCUCGUCAGCUGGGAAAGUUGUUUUGUGUGUGUUAGCUCGCACAGGAACACCUUUACCUGUCCGACAUGACAUCAGCCAAUUCAGAUAUGCCCGAGGUGCCUUCGCUGGCCACAGCAGCUGGAUCUCUCUCUAACAGUGCCGCCGUUGUGCCGAAGGCCAACAACAAGAGACAAGCCACCUCGGACUAUGACGACGACGAGGGAAGCAAAUUGUUCAGGUGUGAUGAUGACGGAGGCGGAUCCAAUGACAAGGAGAGAUUUGCCAGGGAGAAUCACAGCGAGAUCGAGCGCAGGCGGAGGAAUAAGAUGACCGCGUACAUCACCGAGCUGUCAGACAUGGUGCCCACCUGCAGCGCUCUGGCACGCAAACCAGACAAGCUCACCAUCCUGCGCAUGGCUGUGUCACACAUGAAGUCUCUCCGAGGAAGCGGCAGCAGCAGCACCGAUGGAGCAUAUAAACCCUCCUUCCUCACAGACCAGGAGCUGAAGCACCUGGUUCUGGAGGUGGCUGAUGGUUUUCUGUUCGUGGUGUCGUGUGAGACCGGCCGUGUGGUUUACGUGUCGGACUCGGUCACACCGGUUCUGAACCAGGCUCAGUCGGAUUGGCUGGGAUCAUCUCUGUAUGACCAGCUCCAUCCAGACGACACAGAGAAACUCCGAGAGCAGCUCUCCACCAGCGAGAACAACAACGCCGGCCGGAUGUUGGACAUGAAGACAGGCACGGUGAAGAAAGAGGGAGGGCAAGCCUCUGUGAGGAUGAGUAUGGGCACACGCCGCUCCUUCAUCUGCAGGAUGAGAUGUGGAGUGUGUCCCGUAGAGCCGGUGUCCAUGAACAGACUCCACUUCCUGAGAAGCAGAAACAGGAAUGGACUGGGUCCUCCUAAGGAGGGUGAGCCGCAGUACGCGGUCGUGCACUGCACAGGCUUCAUCAAGUCCUGGCCUCCUGCAGGAGUGACUCUUUCUGAAGAGGAGGCCGAUAAUAAUCAGGGAAAUCGUUUCUGUCUAGUCGCCAUUGGAAGGCUUCAGGUCACAUGUUGCCCGAGCGACACAAACAUAAACAGCAUCAGUGUUCCGGUGGAAUUUAUUUCCCGCCACAGCUGUCAGGGCCUCUACACCUUCGUGGAUCACCGCUGUCAGGCCACGGUGGGCUUCCAGCCUCAGGAGCUACUGGGGAAGAAUAUUCUGGAGUUUGCACAUCCAGAAGACCAGGGCUUACUGCGAGACAGCCUUCAGCAGGUGGUGAAACUGCGAGGUCAGGUGCUCUCGGUGAUGUUCCGGUUCCGCUCUAAAUCCCGCGAGUGGAUCUGGAUGAGAACGAGCUCGUUCACCUUCCAGAACCCUUUCUCUGAGGAGAUCGAGUACAUCAUCUGCACCAACGCCAAUGUCAAUAGAGGUGCGAAUCAGGACCCCCUGUCCCCCCUCUCUUCCCCGGGGGUCUCACUGCCCCCCUCACUGGGGCAGAGCAGUCCGAACUGCCCCUCCACCCCCAGCCCAGGGCAGGUCACAGCCAGGCAGAUGCAGCAGCAGGCCGAGUUAGACGGAGGGAUGGGACGAGACGCAGCGUAUGAAUCCAACCAGGCCACUCUUCCUCAGGUUCCAGUGCAGACUGUAGGUGUGGUCGCUGCUGAUCACAACUCUAAGACCGUGUGCUCCAGUGCCUCCGGUGGACAGCAGGUUUACCCACCAGCAGCGUCUUUCCCCAGCUCUGCACGUCCCGGCGAGCCCUUCAGGUCAGCUGGAAUGGCCCAGCAGAUGGUUCCUCACUCAGCGGGUCAGAUGCUGGCGCAGAUGUCCCUUCAGAGCACACCGUCUGGAGUCAGCGGCAGCAACAACAGCCCCAUUCAGACCCAGACGGGACCCGCAGCGCCUCCUGGAGUCUGGUCUGCCACACGACCGCCCUUCAACACACAGCAGAUGGCAGGUCAAGUUGGGAAGAGUCAGUCUCCUCAGUUUAACAUGGGAGGGUUCAGCUCCGCCCCUACAUCCUCCACUUCCUCUUCCUUUGGCCAGAUGGGCGGGGCUUCUGCUUCAAUGGCCAACACAUCAAAUUACCAACAAAUAAACAGUCACAUCAACCCAUCAACUAAUGGAUUCGGUGACAUUAAUCAGAUGGGAGCGCAGUUCAGCUCCAGGCCAGCAGAGGGAGUGUCAGGCUGGCAGCAGUGGCAAACUCAGCCACACACACAAGGCACUGCAGACACACACCAGCAGCCUCCAAACAGCCAGCCAGAGAUGUUUCAGGAUGUGAUCUCCAUGUUGGAUCAAACCGGCAGCUUCGGCAGCGAUGAUUUUGCCGAGAUGCCCAUGUUUCCUCCUUUCCCCGAGUAGUGAUCCGCUUCCUCUGUCACCUCUAUACUCCCCGCUGCUCUCUCACGCGCCAUUUCUUCCUCUCUUAACCAAAUCAGUGGCAGAACGGAGGCACGGAGGCAUCUGAAACAAGAGUGAGACUGAUGCAUAGUGAGAAUGGACGUUAUAAGCCAUAAUGUGAGGAUGCAGUGUAGCGCACAGACAGACAGGCCUUGCUGAAACGUGUUUAAAACCACGCGGUCUCACACUGUCUGCCGUACACACACAUGCUUUGAUUUAUGAGAUGGAGAUGAGGAGGGUUUGUCACACACACAAAGGCAGUCUGGUCUGUCUGUGUCUGUGACUGUGUACCAAUUGCACUGCCUCUUCUCUAAUGCCUACCAUAAAAUGUGUGAGAGCCGUCUCCAGCAGCUGUGAUCCGGAGUCUGGCCUCAGAGCGUGGCUCUGAUCGUGUCGGUCUGUAACGCAGAAGCUGUGGCUUGUUUCCUGUUUCUUGUUUUUAAGAAGAAUCGGCUCCAUUUCCACUCACGGCUUGGGAUUUGAAUCGAAUUGGCUUAACAGGAUGCUGAACUCGAAAGACAGGAAGAUCAAUUCCAAAUUUACGGAAUUGGAAUUUUGCAUUUUAAGUAAACAUUGGUGUCUUCUAGUGUUUCAAAUGUAAUCCAUACUUCAAAUGAUUUUAAAAAUGACUUGUUUUCCAUUUUGAAUGUUACUAACACUUUAUUUUACAGUGUCCUUGUUGCACAUCACAUGUACUUACUGUAGUAAAUUAUGCAGAAUAGCAUGCAGUUAACCCUAAACAAACCCUAUAUCGUAAGUACAGGCGGUGAAUUAUUAUUCCUCAGUACUGAAAUGUAAUUACACUGUAAGAAGGACUGCUUAAAAUAAAGUGUAACCUUAAACGGUUCUGCAUCCUGUUUGCUACGUCUGUUCAGAUUCUCUCCGCUUCGGUUCGUGCUGGUGCAGUUAAACUCCUCACAGAUGGGUUUCUUUAAUCAGCUUCAUCUAAAGUUUAGAUGUUCAGAGAAUCUCCUUCUGUUUCCGUGUGUUUAGCCGAUGAUGGUUUCACUCAGGCAUGUUCUCGUGAAAGCAGUGAAAAAGAUUAAAAUCAAGCAAUAAUGAGCAGGAUCUGUGUCCUUCGAAGCCAUUUUUGUUGCUAUCCUAAUUAUCGUUAUCAUAAUGUCUUGUUUUAAUAUAUAAAAGAAGAACGCUAUACUGCUUCAUCUCUUUGGAAGUUGUUAUUCUGAAUUAGUCUUGUACAGAGAAUAUUCCCGAACUUCUAUUGGUGGGUUUGAUUUAUUGUUCAUUUUCUUUAGAUCAAAAGCUUUUAAAUUAAAUGUUGGAUUGAUUUUAAAUGCGGGGGUGUCUGCGUCUUUUUUCAGUACUUCUGUGCAUUAAAUCGGUGCUUGUGUCACUUUUUUCGGGUAUGAAAGGGUCAGUGCUCGUGUUGUUUUCUUUUCUUUCUAUAUUUUUACAAUGUUUUGAACUGCAGUUUGUGUAUAACGUAUACAAAAAUAAACAUAUGUAUAUGAAAUAUUAAA